AUGACAGAGCCGAACCCUUCUCCUGCUUUUUUUACAAAGUACAAUGAGCAGACGCAAAGCAGCAUAUUCUCACUCCCUCCAGAGAUUCGCCAUGAGAUCUUCACCUACACGUUGACAAGUGCCCCAGACACGACACAGCCACCGGAGAAAUAUGGAUACUGCACACGACCAGGUUAUGAAACCCGUCAUCGAACCUACACAGAACUGCUCCGAACCUGCAAAAAGGUCUACAUGGAGGCAUGGUUCAUGCCCUUCAUCUAUUCGGAGCAUGCGUUCUGGAUGGCCUCUUUGUUCCGCACUCCCGAGCGAAUUGUUACGGUCGAGAAAAUGCAGCAAAGCCUAAAUCUAAUUCAUAAUCGACAUGGUGAAGUGCAGGGUGGCUGUAUUCGAGUGUUUCCUCAGCUAUAUAGCCUCGAGAGCACCACAGACUUCAAUGGAAUCUUCAUGAUGCGUCAUUUUUAUCCCAAAUCUGUUACAAUCACUAUCCGUUACACCGAUACCUGGUUUUGGGAAGACAAUCAGGCGUUAUGCAUCGACGGUGCCUGGGGAAAAUGGCUAGUGCUGCCCUCUAGCGUGACUAGAUUCUGUAUCGAUAUUGAAAGCAUCGAUCGACGCAAAGACGAAGUAGACUACAUUGCGGGAGAAAUGGCCGAUCAGUGGCGAUUCAAGCGAGCCGAUGGCACCAAUAUGCUCGCAGCCAAGGCUGAUACUACAGUGUCCAGAUGGACAGGAAGUUCCAUGCUCGGGGAACGGCGCUGGUUGCGUGACGAGGUGACGCCUGGUCAGCUUCAGUACUAUUUUGCGACAGUAACAUGGCGGCCUUCGCAAGAGCCCUUGGAUGCUCAGCGCUUGAAUCCCCCACUUCGGGUCAAUUGGGACCGCCCAGUAUUCGAGGAUUCACAUUGGCACUCUAUCAGGGAAUCGUAUUUGGAAGAAGCCGGAAUAUCUAUGGAAGUUCCUGCUUCGGAAGUGAUCGCUAAAGCCAUCGCUGAUGGGUAUGAACCUAGGGGUUCUGAUGAUAGUAUGUCUGAGUAUGAGUUUGAGGAGUACCCGGAGGACUCAGAUGACGACUCCGAUGAAGACUCGGACGAUGGCUCUGAAGAGAAAGGUGGUUUUCAGGCAUAA